AUGUCAAACACAUCAGAACCUUUUUAUGUAGCUAGACACGUGUCAUUGUCUACACCCGAAUCUGGAGAAAGUUGUUCAUCCCGUCCAAAGUUGAAAAUGAACAAUGCUGAGGGGAUAACACCAGCAUUUGAUGCCUCUGAGGUGGUUUUGAGCCAUCAGGAGUGUAGUGACAAACAAUUGGAAUUGGCAAUGGAUGAUGCAAUACCCCUUGAGAAAACUGCUACUAGCGUUUCGCCAAUUAAAGGGAGGUCUCAAUCCAAACCUUUGUUGUCACAUCUAAAAUUGACCAAAAUGCCUAAAAUCCAGGAAACUGUACCCGAAUCACUCCAUACAGUUGACCUGACAUUGAAACCAUUCAUCAGAUCUGUCAAACCAGAAACAGCAGAUCAUGAUUUGAGUCCAACACAAUUUUCUGAUAGUAAAAUUAAAAACUCAGAAGUAGUAUAUAGUGAGCAUUUCGAUCCCCUUGAUCCACAUUCCACUGAGGUGGAUACUGGGAAGAGGAAACCAUUAAGGGAUAUGCAUGGUUGCAAACAUGCAAAUUCAGCUUUUGGGAAAACUAUAUCCUUGUAUGGGGCAGUAGAAAAGGCUUCUGUUCAACAACAGGUGUUAACCUUGCAAGCCUCCCCAGAUGAAAAACCAGACAGUGGCUACCAUUCACAAGAACUUGUAAGGCCAAAGUAUGAAUUGAAACAUAGGCCAAAUUCUACCGAGUCCCAUUCAUUAGUCAUUGAAACUAACAAGAUGACUAGUAAGUUCUCUGAUAUCAGCCAGAGUGAACAUUACAAAUCCCAUACUCCUCAAUUACCAGAUUUAGAACAUUCUUACAUGUGUACUGAAUCCAAUGUAUCAGGUGAAACUCAUCCCUUAGAAGGUGAUGGUUAUUUCAGUGCUUGUGAGCAUGAACAGACCAAAUCCAAAGGUCCUAAAGAUACUUGGUAUUAUACAGAAUGUCCAGACAAAGCCAUGGGGAUCUUUUCUGAAGGAAUGAAUCCCAAAGCAGUGGAUAGAGGACGUCCAAUGACCAGACAAACCAGAGCCCGUCCUCAGCUUUCCUUGUUCCCAGAGAGAGUAUAUUCAGAUCGUAACCCUGUGUCCCAGCAGGUUCAGUUAUUGAACAACUCUCUUCUGGAUGACCCAUUUGUUGUUGAUGCAGAUGUUGACAGCUGUGACAGCUCUGACUAUGCAACAGCUGGUGAAUUAUUAGAACCUGGCAAGUCUAAAAUGAAAUCCAAUUCUCUUCAUUUCCCCAGGAAGGUAAAGCAAUUUUCUGCUUUGCCUAGAUUGCCAAAUUCAGACUCUUCUGAUGAAGAGUUACUGACAAGGUAUGGCAAUAACCCUAUCCAAACCAAAUUGAGUCAGAGAGAAGUAUAUCCUUGUAUCUCAGAGGCUGCAAUUACUAAGUUAGUUCAGCAACAGAUGAUGAUACUUGGUCAAAAUCUGACUAAGGUUAUAAAAAAGACCCUGAAAAAGAAUUCCAAUUCCAAGCCAAAGUCAAUGAGAUAUGCCUCAUAUUGCCAAAUAUGUGAAACAAGAAGCCACUCCAUCUUUGACUGUGACCAAAGACACCCCAACUCUAGGGUUACUGGUGUCAGAGCUUGUUUUAAAUGUGGAAAUGACCAUCGUAUAACUGAUUGUCCUUCUCUAAAAGAAGGACCAGAUCAGUUUGAACACUAAAUCAUUAUAGUGUUAGUGUGUGUCUAGAAUCAGGCCAGAAAGAUGCACCUCGUUUACCAUAAAGAGUGGCCUUUAUAACCAUGCUACCUCAAUUUUCCAUGUUUCUGAUGUUGAUGUAAAACUAUUAUCCAAUCAGAAGAUUUAUACUUAGGUAUGCAUUACUUUGUUUAACGUUGAAAACACUUUAUUUGAUUUUCAACACAUGUGUUUUAUUUUAUUCCCCUUUUUGCUUGUGUCUUUGUCUGCCAUGAAUUGCGGGCUGUUUUGAACUUGAUGUUGUUUAAAGCCUAUGGCAGUGAGCUAGGUGGUAAUGCAAGAACCUCGACACAUGUAAGGGAACUUUAUUUAUUUUUUUUAUUGACCAUUAUUGUCAUUGAUUGCCAUGCCAGAGCCUUACUUUACCCGAGCAUUAGUGUUAAUUGACAGCAUUGGCCUGAUCAACCAAUGUUUGAUCACAUGUAUACUGUUUGCUCUGGGAGGAACUAAGUAGUGAAUAAAGUUUGUGAGGGCAUGGUAAUAUGACAGUUGAACCCAGAAAACUGCUUUUGUUGAACUCCUGAGGUGGAUUCAUUUGCAGUGGAUAACAGCUUUUGAUUGACUGGGAUUGAGUAACACCGUGGAUAGGGCCCAUCCAUUGUCUUUGUUGAAGUGACAUACCUGGUUUUCUGGCAGGUUGGUGAAAGGUGUUUCUCAUCUUGCCCACCCAGUCAUGUUACCCAUUUUGCCUUUUUUGGUGUACUGUAGCGUCUCCAGGAAUAUGACACGGUGAUGCUUUCACCCGACAGAAUUCCACCUCAACUUCCUUUGUAUUGAAAGGGUCAUUGUGACUGAAUUUGAAUCAUUCCCAGUACAAAUGUUAUGAGAUAUUAUCUGAAAACUACCAAU